UCUUGUCACGACAAACUCUGCUAAGAAGGAAUCUGGCCGACUGAUUUUCAUAACAUGAAGGUUUCUCAUCCACCAGAAUAUGUUCGGAAAGCAAUCCUGGUUUUCUUUCUGGUAUUUUCGCAAUGUUUUGCUGAGGGAAAGUUUCCUGUUUGCUCUGAAUCAAAAGAAGGGAACCAAACUUUGUAUCAGGACUGAAUGAUGGAAUAAUAGCUUGUAUCAAGAACAAUGGACAAUACGCAUGGAAAUUUCUGGAUGGUUCCUCUACACUUGGGGAAGAAAUGAAUCCUGCCAAGGAUUGCUCAGAUAUAGUCGACAAUCUUCCUGAAGCAAAAGAUGGUUUUUACUGGCUAACACUCGGCAAAGGAAACCCUUUAAAGGCGUGGUGUGACACACAUACGGACGGAGGAGGUUUCCUGUUGGUUGGAAUGAAGAACAACUCAGUUACAUGGAAUGUAUCAACCAAUGAAAACCUUGUAGAUCCACUGGGACCUCCUCAUUGGUCCAUCAUGUUUGCUGACGUCAACAUACGUGAUUUUGCAAUUCAAAUCUCAACAACAGAGAAUUUUGAAGAUACAAAAGCAUAUUGGUCUUACAAACUAAAAACACACCGCGCUUUUGGUGAUCUCUUUGACGUGGGAAAAGGUGGAUGCACAGACAUUCAUUCUGGUAUCGGAAGUGUAUCUUAUGUCAAAGAUUUACUCAGUGGAGAAGUGGUCACGACAAAUUUCAAAUGUUCAAAAUUUGGACCUCAUGUGGAAAACAGUCUUGGAUGGGGAAGGAUGAAAUAUUGUUUGAGAAAUGAAUGUCCAGUUGGCUAUGCAUUUAUCAAAGGAUUGCCUAAUUUCAAACUUGACAGCCACGGAUCUUUCAGUUUCAGUGCGAAUUCAGAGUAUUCAGGAAUUACACACAACGCUACAGCUUUUAUUGGUUGUGAUUCUGGACAGUGUUGUGCAUGUUUUGGUCCAAAAGGCGGAAAGGAAGAUUACUGUGGCAGAAAAUGUCAAGCAUUGAAUGGCGGGACCGUUUUAACUGGUCAAGUUUAUGUUUGGUACUGGAUCAGAACACGACUGCCUCAACGUGUUUAUAAGAGAUGUAUGGAGUUCAAGAUGAAGACACAAGCAGGAAAAUUGGAAACUCAUUUUAUUGAUAAAAAGACCGGCACAGCUCACAAGGGUACAUGCUCCAAACAUUUUCAAACACUCUUGAAUGAAGGUACACUCACGGUAGAAAACAAGGAAAGCUUUGAUAAUCUUCCUUCCGUGCCUGGGAUGAUCUCAUAUCGCGAGGACAACGAAAAACUUUAUGUCAAUAAGGGAAAUAAAUGGUCUGCGAUUGGAAGUGAAAAUGAGUUAAACUCAAAGUUUGGAAUUAUACACAAAGAAAAAAUUUGCAAAGAUGGAAGCUGAAAAUCAAAAUCUGAAGGCCAGAUUGGUGAAUAUUGAGAGCAGAGUACCACAGAUUGGUCGAUGGCCAUCUGGAAGGUAUUGUAUCUUGGCAAAUGGAAACUGUCCAUCAGGCUUCCGCAGGUAUUCUGGCUACAUGACAACUAUCAAGGUUGUCUCCGAGGCUCCAUCCUACUUGAGACCAGUCUAUUUUGGUAGCAGUAGACUAACCUGCCAUCACAUCUGCGGCGGAACACAUGGUGAUUUGUAUAUCGCUGCUUGUUGCAAGUGAACUAUAGGUACGAUCGUAGUCUUAAUGGCAAUAGUCGUAGUGACAAUAUGCAAGAGAAUUGUAUG